CAUAUUCACUUACGUGGCAAAAUAUGCCAUACUCCGAAGAGCACAUUCGCCAGAAGCUGCAAAAGGAGCUCGAGCCUCUGCACCUCCUCAUGCGCUAGAUAUUUUUGUACAAAAUUUAUCUUCUACUACCUUCCACUUCUUCGUAAAAGAAAGACUAUAAAGCAAUUAACCGUUCGAGGAUUAGUGCAUUUACCGAAGCUAUCUAAUAAAGCAAUAAUGCGAGAACGAGAGAGCCGAAGUAGUAAAGUCGACCAUCACCACCAACAACAACAGAAUCUCGAUCAGCAGGCCAAAAAUCAUGAAAAAGAAACCGGUGGCUUUGCAUCGGAGUUUUUACUGACUUCUUUCAUUGUUUUUCACGCUCUGCUUUUGAGAUGGUGCGUUUCUUAUCAUCCUUAUAGUGGAGCUGGCACACCUCCAAUGUUUGGGGAUUAUGAAGCCCAGAGGCACUGGCAAGAAAUUACGUUGAACCUACCCAUUUCUCAGUGGUAUUCAAAUUCUACAGAUAAUGAUUUACAAUACUGGGGAUUGGAUUAUCCUCCAAUAACUGCUUAUCAUAGCUAUUUACUGGCAAAAGUUGCUGAAAUUUUUGACCCAGACUCUGUAAAACUACAUCAAUCCAGAGGCCAUGAAUCUUCAACUCACAAGUACUUUAUGAGACUGUCUGUUUUAGCCAUUGACCUACUGAUUUUUAUUCCAGUUAUUAUUUAUUUUGCUUUUGCCAUAUUACCUAUUCUUGACUGCAAAAAUAAGAAACAACUUGAAAAAGUUGAAAAGAGAGAAUUCCUUUGGUUCAAAAAAAAACAUUAUUUUUUGGCUACAGUUCUUUUUUACCCUGGUUUGAUUUUGAUUGAUUAUGGACACUUCCAGUAUAACUGUGUAUCACUUGGACUCUUUAUUGUUUCUGUUUCUGCACUUUUCCAAGGUUCCAUGGCUAUUAGUUCUUUCUUUUUUGUUUUGGCAUUGAAUUAUAAACAAAUGGAGCUGUACCAUGCUCUUCCAUGUUUUUUUUACAUCCUUGGAAUUAAUAUGCCAGGAAAAAGAAAACCACUUCUUACUUGUUUAAGGUCAUUAAUAUGUGUGUCAUUAACAGUUAUUGUAACUUUUGGUUUAAUUUGGGCACCAUUUUUGACAGAUCGCAAAGUUUUUAUGGAUACUGUCUUGAGAUUAUUUCCACUUACAAGAGGUAUCUUUGAAGAUAAAGUAGCCAAUGUUUGGUGUGCUAUCAAUGUAAUCUAUAAAUUAAGGAAUAACUUUACAAACCUACAAUUAGCUCAAAUAUGUCUUGUUUCAACAACUGCUGCAUUAUUGCCUAGUAGUUUGGAUUUAUUUUUUAGACCCUCCAGAGAAAAGUUUUUGCUAGCUCUCAUUAAUUCUUCUUUAUCUUUCUUUUUGUUUUCUUUUCAAGUACAUGAAAAGUCUAUUUUAUUAGUUAGCUUACCUGUUUUACUUCAUUUCAUAAAAGAUCCAUUACCAUGCUUUUGGUUUCUUAUUAUUUCUGUAUUUAGCAUGUUACCUUUGUUAAUCAAGGAUGGUCUUUAUACUGCUUAUUUUGCUACAUUAAUAUUUUUUAUUGUUUCUGUAUACUGUAUGUGGUUUGAAUCAAAAAUCAGUGAUUUAAUAAAAACUAAAACAGAGAAACAAGAGGAAAAAUCAACACUAAAGAAAGUCAAAGUGAAGAAAAAUCCAAUUACAUUAUCAAACAAUGAUAUUUACAUAAAUAUUUUGUAUGGAAUCUCCAUAUUAGGUGUAUUAAUUUUAUCACUUUGUGCAAAGUUCUUAAAAGCACCAAAAAAAUAUCCUGAUCUAUAUUCUCUACUUAUAUCUAUCUAUUCUUGUGGUCACUUUGUAGUAUUUUUGAUAUACUUUAAUUACAAGCAGUUUUAUGCAACCACUGUGCCAGCUAGAAAAUACAAAGUUAAAUAAACUUUUUAAAAAAGAGUAAUAUUAAGAUCAACUAAUGCCACAAAAUAAUGAAGAGUGAUAUAAAAUUACAAACAAGCACAUGCAUUAAUAUAUUGUACCAUUUACAAAAUAAUC